AUGGAAGUGUUUCGGGACGAUGAUGCAGAUGCAGAUGUUUUCCCACAAGAGGAGGACAGGAAGCUGUGCACCUGCCUCGGCUUCUUUGUGCCAGCUGCAGGCACCAUCUGCACAUUUCCGCAGUGUCAAAGGCUGGACAGCUGGCAGCUCCAAUACCAGAAGCGUAGGGCUUACCGGGUCUGGGAGCAAAGCUUCGAGGAUGGCAGCCGCGCCUCUCAGCGAGCGUCGCCAGCACCGGUGGCCACCUCGUCUGGGUCAAAAGCUCUGCUACCAGAUGAAGAAGCCCUCUCUCCUGAGCAGGUGGAUGGUACGGGUUUGGACCUGCAUUUCGAAAGCUCCCUGAAGGCCGCCCAGCCACAAAGUGUCUCCAAAGCUGAGAACGAGUGGGAGCAGCGUGCGGAAGUAGUGAUUGGUCCACGUGCCCAAGCAAAGUAUCUCAACUUCAGCUUGCCGGUGGGAGUUGCCUUGGGCGCAGUCGUCUCCUCCAGGGGUCAGCCUGGUGAUGGAGACAGACCAGGCACACCGCCUUGGCAUCCAAAGUUCUUUGCCGAGCUGAGCUGGCCAGGGCUCUAUGAGCUCCGUGGAUGGCUGCUGGAAGCUCGGACCCUCCACCAGAAAAUCGGCGCUUUGAGUGGUCAGGCGAUGCGUGCAUGGAGCAGUGCUGAGAACCCCUCUCCACCAGCACAGUGGUCUCUCCAGCACUUCAAGCAGCAUCCUCCUGUGCGUCUCCCCAAUAUUGUUGGCAACGGCAUGGAUUCUGCAUCCUCCUUCCUUCGAGAUCGACUUUCAUGGUUGCGGACGAGAUCUGAUCCUUGGACGCUGCGCGGUGCCUCGAGACCAGCAGUUAUGCCGGCCACGAAAUUGCGCAUAAGUAGCGAUGGGCCCAGCGCGCUUCUAGGUUUGCAGAGUGCGCAAGCUGGCCUAGGUGGAUCUGGGUUCGAGAGUGUGGCAGAAGUGAGCAGGCUCGGCUGGGGUGCCAAGCUUGCACUGGCGCUUGGAAUUGCGAACCAAGGUUUCGGGCAACCACGCUAUGCGGUGACCGCGACAGGAGCAUGGCACAACUCCACAUCCGUAACGCAUGAGCUGAAGUGGAUGCUGUCAGAAGGCCAAUGGGCAGGAGUCACGUUUCAAAAUGGCGGCGAGGCCUAUGACAAAGAGCGUGACCAGAAUGUCGCAAUCAAACGCGUCAAACACAUGUUUGAUGACUUGGUGGACUGCAAACGGAUUCUUCGAGAAACUGCUAUCAUGACGAGGCUCACACAUCCACACAUUGUGCAGAUCUAUGAUAUUAUUGAGCCAUCUCACAUGCGCAGUUUCGACGAAUUGUACAUAGUCAUGGAGCUCUGUGACUCGGACAUGAAGAAGCUGAUCAAGACAGAUGUCCUUCUCACACCUCUGCACAUCAACACGUUGCUCUACAAUUUGCUUGUCGGAUUGAAGUACCUGCACUCCGCGGGUAUUUGGCACAGGGAUCUGAAGCCAGCCAAUUGCUUGGUGAACCAGGAUUGCUCGGUCAAAAUAUGUGACUUCGGGCUCUCCAGAGCAGUUUCAUCUGUACAGCAUGCUCCGUUGCCCAACACGCCUCGCGGCGAGGAGGAAAGCAACGAGGUCGCUGGACCUGUGGUCCCCCACACAGCAAAAGCCAAAAGGACCAUGACUAGGCACGUGGUCACUCGCUGGUACCGGGCCCCUGAGCUGAUCCUCUUGCAGGAUACCUACAACGAGCAGAUCGACAUGUGGUCCGUGGGGUGCAUCUAUGCAGAGCUUUUGCAAAUGCUGGAGGGUACCCACACUGAGGAUCGAGGACCACUGUUUCCUGGUUCCAGCUGCUACCCACUUUCGCCGGACAGAAAGCAUCGAAAGGAUCCCAGAUUCCACACGCGUGGAAGUACUGACCAGCUGAACGUCAUCUUCGACCUGCUUGGCACUCCCUCGGAGGCUGAGAUUGCCCAACUCCAGACGGAGGAGGCCAAGCAGCAUAUCCGGGCGCUAGCGCGGCGCGAGCGCAAAGGGGUGCGAAGUCGCUUCCCGGAUGCACCCGACGACUCUGUGGACUUGCUCGAGAAGAUGCUCAAGUUCACACCGCGGGAAAGGGUUAAUGUGGACCGAGCCCUCGACCACGACCUGUUCAAAAAUAUUCGGGACAGAUCGGUUGAGACGGUUGCGCCUGCACCUGUCACCCUUGAGUUUGAUAAAGAGCCAGAUCUUGGCGAAACAGCGCUUCGAAAAGGCUUUGCGGAAGAAAUCGCGAAGUUCCACAAGACUACCAGCGAGCAGCAGUGCCACAUCCUUUGA